UCGCUCUACCCCUCUGCACUCACACUUGGUUCCUCCCUUUCCUAGGAUCGACCUGGGUAAAUCUAACAGCAGGCUUUUAGUCGUCACAGCCCUACGAAACCCACCUCCAAUGGGGAUUCCGUCUGAGCCGUCGUGGGCCGGCGGAUCCACCGAUCAGUCGCAAGGCGCCGCUGCAGUGACUCUCACGGCGGGGAUAGACGCAGCGUCGAGAACAGCGAUAGUCGUGGCCAACUGGUGCAAGACACGUGGCGGGCUCGCAGUGGACGUCGUGCAGGCCGCAGCUGACCAGUCCGCCCCCUCUCUCGCCAGCGCGGCCAGCAAGCAGACUGUAGCGGGCGCUACAGCCGUAUGGGCGGCUCUGGCCCUGGCGGCGGGAGGAGAUGCCGCCAAUGCGCUGCUGGGGAGGGAUGGCGCCGCACGCGCUGAGGUAACUCAGUGGCUUCGCCAUCCCUGGGUAGUGGGCUCCCUGCCCUCCCUUGCCACGUCAGCGUGCCCGUCAGCAUCCACGUCAGCUGCAGUGCUGGACCCUCUCCCUCGCCUGCGCGCCCUGAACGCCUACCUGGCUCCCCGCUCCGUGCUCGUGGGGCCAGGUGUCGCGAUCACAUUGGCCGAUCUCGCAGUCUUUGGCGCUGUUCAUGAUGACGUGCUGCUAGUGACGCCGUGCGACAGGGAGGAGUUACCCCAUCUGAUGCGGUGGAUAGACCUCGUGCAGAACAGAGGGCACGUGGGGCAGGCGUUCUCGCACAUCACAGUCAAUACUGCCAAGUUUGAUCCUCCGGCUUCAGUUCCCCCUCCUGCCAAACCUCCAGCUCAGCCGAACCAGGCAUCAGGUUCGGGAGGUGCCAAACCUGCAGCAGGGAAGGCAGCAGCGCCAGCAGAGGCGUCAGCAGAAGGAGGUGCUUCUUCGGCUGCGGCUGCUCCGUCUGCUGCCCCUUCCACCACUGCAGCACCGCAGGGUGCUGCAGCAGACAAGGGGAGCGGGAAGGAGGAGGGGAAGGGGAAAGGAAAGGGGAAAGGGGAUGAGAAGAAGGGUGAGGCGAAGGAAGGGGAGGGCGCAGGAGGGAAGGGAGGGGGGGACGUGAGUGUGGGGAUAUUGGACAUCAGAGUGGGGCAGGUCAAGAAGGUGUCAAAGCACCCCAAUGCGGACGCGCUGUAUGUGGAGGAGAUUGACAUUGGCGAGGCGAAUCCACGGCAGGUGGUCAGUGGGCUGGCCAAGUUUGUGACUGAAGAAGAGAUGACGGGCAUGCGCGUGGUUGUGCUGACAAACGUGAAGCCGGGGAAAGUGAGGGACGUGGUAUCAGCAGGCUUGGUCCUGUGCGCUUCUAACGCCGACCACUCGGUUUGCCGCCCGGUGCAGCCACCAGAGGGGGCUGCGAUUGGAGAGAAGAUCACGUUUGCAGGGGUGGACGGCAAGCCUGAGGAGGUGCUCAACCCCAAGAAGAAGCUCUUUGAAAAGCUACAGCCGUUCCUGUGCACGGACGACGCUGGGGUGGCCAAGUUCCAGGACACUCCCAUGAUGACGUCUGCAGGGCCUUGCACAUCCACCGUUGUCAAUGCAAGUGUCAAAUAGACAGCAUAUAAUGCGGGGGUUGAUGCUGUCAGCUGCUGGGCCUUAUGAGCUCUACUUCGUUUUGCCAUGCCUCUAUUGCGGUACCUAUUUGAAUGACAUUGUCCUCUUUGUAUCAACUUCUGGAUUUAUCGCUCUUUUUAUGGAGCAAUGACGUCCGCUAGUCUACUCCCC